AUGAAAGGUGGCGGUGUCAAAAUCUUGUCCCGGCGCAUGGUCAAGCCGGAGUAUGAGGCGAGCUCGCGGCCUCGGCAGCCUGAGACGGUACACCUGACGCCAUGGGACCUGCGGCGGAUCACUGUGGACUACAUCCAGAAGGGCGUCCUCCUGCCCAAGCCUCCGGCCGGCGUGCACGCCGUCGAGCACCUCGCGUCGUCCUUCGCGCGCGCCGUGGCCCGCUUCUACCCCCUCGCCGGCCGCUUCGCUGUCGCACCCGUGGCCAACGACGGCAACGGGGCGCCGUCGCGUCAGCCGGGCCUGACGAUCUCGCUCUGCUGCAGCGACGAAGGCGCCGAGUUCGUCCACGCCGUGGCGCCCGGGGUCACCGUCGCCGACAUCACCGGGGCGCUCUGCACCCCACGUGUGGUCUGGUCCUUCUUCCCUCUCAACGGGGUGGUCGGCACGGACGCCGUCGUGGACCCCAGCCUGCCGCUCCUGGCCGCGCAGGUCACCGAGCUCGCCGACGGCGUCUUCGUCGCCAUGUCGCUCAACCACUGCGCCGCCGACGGGACGACGUUCUGGGACCUGUUCAACACAUGGUCGGAGAUCAGCCGAGGCGGCGACGGCAACAACAAUGGCACAUCCAUGGUGGCGACGCCGACGCUCCAGAGGUGGUUCCACGAGGGCUGCCCCGUGCCGACCCCUCUACCAUUCGCCAAGGUACAAGACAUGGUCAGGCGGUUCGAGUACCCGCCGGUGCAAGAAUGCUCGAUCCGUUUCUCCCCGGAGAGCAUAAAGAAGCUGAAGGCGAAGGCCAAUGCCGAGAUGGCCGGCACGGCCACGGCCACCAUCUCGUCUCUGCAGGCCCUGUUCGCGCACCUAUGGCGAGCGGUGUGCCGAGCCCGGGGUCUGGCCCCGGAGCAGGAGACGAAGCUCACGCUCCCCAUCGGAUGCCGGACACGCAUUAAGGGCAUUCCGCAAGGUUACAUCGGCAACGCGGUGGCAGGCGCAGUCGCCAGGACGCCCGUCGGCGAGAUCCUGGGCGACGGCCGGCUGGGCCGGGCGGCGUGGCUGCUGAACCGUGCCGUGGCCUCGUUCGACGAGGCGGGCUUGACGGCCGAGCUCGCGUCUUGGUCCCGAAACCCCAGCUUCCGGUACGCGGCCGACUACGGCACGGAGCCUGCGGUGGUGGUGAUGAGCGGCUCGCCGCGGUUCCACGUGUACGGCAACGACUUCGGGUGGGGCGGACCGGUGGCCGUCCGGAGCGGCGCCGGGAGCAAGCUGGACGGGAUGGUCACGGUGUACGAGGACGGUGGAGGGAGAGGCGGCAUGGAGCUGGAGGUGUGCCUCGCCCCCGAUGCGCUCGCCAGGCUCGUCGCCGACGAGGAGCUGAUCGGCGCGUCCUCCGCAGGAGCUCGACUGGCCCGAGGCGGCAGGUGCACCGCCGGUGCAUCGGAGGAGUUUGCCGGUGCCGGCAUGCGUCAGUCGUACAGUGGUGUCGGUGAUCGAGCUGGUGAUCUCAUGCCCGAGCGCCACUGCCAGAGCCAAAUAAUGUUUCGCAAGAUGGAAGUCUAG